AUGGAAAUUCUGACCACUUCAAUCACAAAUGACUCCAUUAUUAGACCAGUGGGAUUUUACAUUGUCGGAUUUAACUAUUUACAUAGUACUGAUUUUUAUUUCAUUUUCCUCGCCGUGAUUUAUAUUGUAACGGUUUUGUCCAAUUCCUUUAUCCUUGUCAUUAUAUGGAUAGAUCAUCGCCUACAUACUCCGAAGUACAUUGCCGUGGCUAAUCUGGCGAUCGUCGAUUUAGUGCUCAGUACAACCCUUAUUCCUGCUAUGAUCAAGGCAUUUCUCGCUAAAGAUAACUUCAUUUCCUACAACGCAUGUUUGACGCAGAUGUUUUUUUAUUACUGUUUUGCCUCAUUAGAGUCAUUUUCUCUCUGUGUGCUUGCAUAUGACAGGUUAAUUGCGAUAUGUUUCCCACUGAGACAGAGCUCCAUAAACACGAUAACCGUCAUGAUCAGUAUUUUAGGGGCUGUUUGGUCAUUUUGUGUAAGUGCCGUUGUGUUCUGUGUCGUAAUCAUGACCCGGCUGUCUUUCUGUAAUUCGGUAAAUGUGCAUAGCUACUUUUGUGACUACACCCCCAUGUACAGACUAGCUUGCAAUGAUAACACAUUGCAGUGGUACACUGCCUCUUCUUUGAGUUUAAUUAUUGUGUUUGUGCCCCUUAGUUUAAUCGUAAUAUCAUACGCCUGUAUUUUGACAACAAUAUUUAGAAUGAAAAAAAUAGAGAGCAGGUACAAAGCACUCCUAACCUGCACAGAACAUCUCGUUCUAGUGGCGAUUUUCUACGUGCCGAUGUUAUCCGUGUUCAUUAUUGAAUUUUUCUUCUUCCGCCUGGAUCCCGAUGUCAGAAUGUUAAACUUGUCGUUAGCCACAUGCGCUCCGCCCUGUCUGAACCCCAUCGUGUAUUCCCUGGCAACCAAAGAAAUCAAGAACAAAAUACUGGCUAUGCUCCAGAAAGUCAAUGUUGCAGCGCGGGAACUACAGGCGUAG